CUGUACACGAGAAGUUCUUCACGCUAUUCAUGCUGGUGUCGCUGGUAUACAUGUUGGUGGUGGUGCGGGUGUUCAGUUGUGUACAGACUGGUCUGUCCCCCGCCAUGCGGCGCUCGUUCCUACACAAGAAAUGUAUUUUCGGCCUCAAGCUAGCAGCCACAGCUGGGCUUAUGUUCUUCUUCUACAGACACAGAGUUUACUGCCUACCCAAAGCCUUCAGUUGGUUCUCACUCUGCGAGUACGUGAUCGCGACGUGCAAUAUGCUUUACCACGUCAGCGUCGCGCUGGAUUUCUCAGACCAUGACCUCAUCGUGGGCCGCAUCGUCUGUAAUCAACUACCAACGAGCUCUACACAACCUGCUCCACCAGCUGUCUCAAGUGUCAACUCAGAAUCCGUGUUGCCUGACUCCCGUAACCAAAAUGACACCACGAUAGUUUCACCACUCGCACUAAACGCUCAAAUAACAACAGAAACAAACAAUUUUGAUGGAUCGCAAGGCAUAAUGAAGGCUACUGACAACAAAUCUUCAGUUUAUGACGACUUUCCAAAGAAACAAUCGGAAUCCGUUGCAAAUGACAUUUCAGUUAAUUCACUCCGGAAGCGGAGUUCAUUGAACACAGAUGAUGUCGAUAAAAAGCUGAAAGGAUGUGAAGAAAGCGUAGGACAUUAUUUAUUAUUAAAUUCUAGUUCAGAAUCCAUUUCAGGAUUGAACGAGCAUGAAUCGCCGGCUGGAAGCACGGAACUUCAUCCGUUGUCUCCGUCUUUCACUUCCAGUAUUUCCAGAUCAACUUCAGGAUUUUCCGCCACUUCUUCGUCGGUGGAGGUCUCUGAAUCUGUGAGUUUGGAGGCAAUUUUCGAAAAGAACAGAUUAGCAAACGACGACUCCAUGAAUGAAAGUCUUCUGGACGAAGGAGUUGAAGGUGGGAGUAAACUCGAAUGUCAGGUGAGAACAUCUCUGUCAGCAGAGAUCUUCGAGGUAGACUGUGUUGUGCCCGACAACGAGGGCGUGAGUGACGACAGUGAAGACAAAGAUUCAAACUUUUCCAGCUCGCAAGACUUUACAUCUAAUUCCAGGUCAAGUGAUUUAACAGUUGCCAAUUCUCCACUCACGAUCAGACAAGCAGUAGAUUUACAACUAGACGAUGCAUUGAGUGUUCGCUCUAAGGAUUCACUCGCAGAAUUUGAAAUUGCUGCGAGUUUUUGCCAACCUCAUAGCCUUCCACCAAAUGACCGUGCCUCUACUCAUUCCGGUAGUCUGAGUCACGCUGCAUCUCCAGAACCCAUGUACAGCACCGCCAUGUCUAGUCUAACAGAAACGUCUGGGCUAGAUGAUUCUCUUAACAAUUAUUCUAGUCAACUGCAUCACAGAGUUAGAAGUACUAAUACGGAUAAUAUUGACCCAACAAAUUCUCUUGCAAUUUCUUCUUCUUGUCCUAAAUUUGGAAAAGAUGACGAACACAGCAGACUAGACUCGGUUUCUCAGGAGCCUGUAACAAAAUCGUCGCCUUUACUUCGAGAUAUAACAGAUGCUGACAGUUCCAGAGAAAUAUGUUCCUCUUAUGGUUCUAGUAACAAAAAAACUGGCAAGUCUCACGAUGAAUGAGAACAAAAAUAUUUUAAAUAAAGUAAAUAAGUCUAGUCAUCCCAUUUAUGUAGUACGGUCGUUGAACAUGUAGAAUUGUUGCUCCUUGUUGUUGUUACAUAUUUUUCGUAGUUGUAAAGUGAUCCGUUCGUCCUGUACCUUUUACCUUAAUGUACAUUCAAACCCUACUCGCUCUCUCAUUUUGUAAAAAAUUCGUCGUCUCGUUUGUAACUAGUAUUCCUUUACUUAUAUAUUUUCAUUCGUAAUCUGUUUACUAUGCGUGCUGUAUAAGAAAAUACUCAAAUUGAGUAAAAUGUUCCAUAAAUAUUGUGAUAUUGUCCUAUUGUGUAAGUUUUGAUAUGUUACUGCUCGAGUUACUGGCUGUUAUUGUGUUCUAAGUGCAAAUAUUGACAGUGCAAAAAAUUAAUUUCAAACAAAAUAAAACAAUAUAAUUAGAAACUAAAUCUCAAUCAUUUUUCUUCCAAAUACUUGAAGAGAAUCUUAAAUGCAAAUCCAUAUUAAAUGUGUCCAAAAGUGGAUUGGUGCCAGUGCUCAUUUUCCAAUAGUCGUUUCUUUAUUACUAUAGUGUGAUGAAUUUUAUUGUAGUAGUUCAACAUUUAUUAUGAUAAAUCGUAUCAUAUCAGUAACCGUUUUGUAAAAAUAUCUCCUUCCAAGUUAGGAAAUAUAAUUCAUGCACCGCUCAUACGUCAUCUUCGACUCUACAAAAACCUGUUUGACAGCGUACAUUGUCUUUCUUCUCGAUAACCUUCCAUCAAUACUGUGGAAUAUUUUAGAGCUUUUCAAGAAAUGCAAGGCUAGAGUUUUUUUGAACUAGAACCAAAAUUUGCAAACACUUGGAUACAUUUGUAUACAGGUGCAAAUAGGCAUUUGUACUUGUACACCCUACAAGUACAAAUACACAUUUGUAUUUGUACAUGGAGAACAUCUUUUAAUGAAGAUGUGGUGGGCACAGGCUAGAUAUAUAGGUAACCGAGGCUCAUUAGGGGCUGAAUGUCAUGACGAAAAUAGAGCGAAUGUUGAGACAGAGUAAUACUUAUGGUGCCAAGAAAAAUUGAAGUGUUUCA